ACAUGAAAGGCGACGUGUGUUCAGUCCAACUGAUUGUGCGCCUACAAAUCAAACCCAAAAGCGCUUUGUGUCCGAUUAUAAAUUGCGCCGCAGACACCAGACGUCUCGACGUGCCUUUGUCACAAAAAACAAACCGCUAGUGUGAGUUUUUAUGAGGAGACCACGCAGUUUAUUUGAUGUCAAACACCCUGCAGAGGCGGAGAUGGUUUGGUCUGUAGUAGGUGGGACUGCCGAGCGGUCUGCAGCAGGACGUCGUAGAUCAAUGAACCGGACCGGAGGGUUGGUCCAUCGCUUGGUGUGCAUCUGACUGUAUAGAUGUGUCAGUAUACCUAUGCAGGACCGAGGCUUUAUUACUGUUAACCGGCCCGUCAGUAUGCGGAUGUUUUGAACCGACUGGUUAUCUCAUAGGCUCCUCACCCCGCUUGGAUUCCGUCUCUGUAGUGGCUCAUCGUUGCGAUUUUUGUUUUGUGGGAAAUAAAAAAAAAUAUAAUCUGUAACCUCCAGGAUGAUCUUUGCGAACACAGGCAACCCGCUGAAGACAGCCAAUCGUAAGCAGUGGGUUUCCUGUGUGCAGUCCUACCCCAUGACGCCGUCCAGUCCCAGCAGCAGCAGCAACAGCAGCAGCACAGGCCUGGAGCAGCUCAGCAAAACCAACCUGUACAUCCGCGGGCUGCCUCCUGCUACUACAGACCUGGACCUGGUCAAACUCUGUCACCAGUAUGGAAAGAUUCAGUCAGCAAAGGCAAUCCUGGACAAGACAACCAACAAAUGUAAAGGUUACGGCUUUGUGGACUUUGACAGCCCGGCGGCUGCUUUAAAGGCAGUACAUGCUCUGAAAACCAGCGGCAUACAGGCCCAGAUGGCCAAGCAACAGGAGCAGGACCCCACAAAUCUGUACAUUUCCAACUUGCCUCUCUCUGUGGACGAGAAAGAGCUGGAGAAUAUGCUGCAGCCCUUCGGCCAGGUCGUCUCCACGCGGAUCCUCCGAGAUUACAGCGGCAACAGCCGAGGCGUGGGCUUCGCCAGGAUGGACACAACAGAGCAGUGUAAUGCCGUCAUCUCCCACUUCAAUGGGAAGUUUAUCAAGAUAGCUUCUGGAGCUCUGGCUCCGUCUCAGCCGUUGCUGUGUAAGUUUGCAGACAGUCAAAGGAAGAAACAUGCUCAUAGUGGAUUUGUUCCCAAUGGACAGACAGGGGAUCUCAGACUAGGUGCAAUGACUCUUACCUAUGACCCCUCCUCAGCAGCUCUACAGAAUGGGUACUACCCUUCUCCGUAUCCAGUGACCAACAGGAUAAUGACUGUGCAGCCAGCGAUGUCUCCCUACAUGUCUCCAGUCUCUGCUUACCAGGUACAGAGUCACUCUUGGGUGGCACAUCAGCCAUAUAUCAUGCAACACCCGGCUGCUGUGAUGUCUCCCUCUGUGGAUCCCUCCAUGUCACUGCACCCCUCAGCCAUGAUUACUCAGCAGAUGGGUCAGCUGUCACUGGGAAACGGUGGAGCGUAUAUUUCAGGCAACCCUGGUGUCCAGGGAGCUUACAUGCCUCAGUAUCCUCCUCUGCAGGCAGCACCUGAAAAUGGCACGCCACAGCAAGUGGAUUCUUCCAACAACUCGUCUCCUUACAGUCAGCUCAGCAAGUAAUCACAGGCUAGAUUACCGCUCUGUGAGCCAGAGGGCCGGUGGGAGAUUGCUGACGACAUCGCAGUGAUAACAGUCACCACCUUCUCUGAUUGGACCAGACACAUGAACUUUUUUGCACAGCCCCGAUGUUUGUGGUGGAAAAUGAGGACAGUGUAAAUGGACUCAAGCAGUUGGCUAAUCACAGAAAAAAACAAACAAAAAAAAAAACAAGAUUUAUUUUGAUAAGAAACCACAUGCUCUUCUUUUUUCUCUUUUUUCAAGGAUUCUCAAACAAAAUGCCAGAGGACCGCCCAUCCCCCCACCCCACCCCCCCGUAAGAUGUGAUAUGACGAUAAAAUGCAUGUGAUACCCCCCGCCCCCCCUUCAAGGUUUAUAUGAUUUUAUAGUUCUUUUAUUUGUGAUAUAUGGAAAAAAAAACUUGCAAAAUCUUGUUUGCACUGAAUAUAAAGUUUCAGAAUACUUUCAUUUUGGUUUUCAGAGUUGCCACAGAAUAGCUUAACAAAAUCAAUUAAUGUUCAACUGCACUUGACAGCUGAUACAGGUGACCAUUUCAUUAGGAAAUUAAUAAAUUUAUUAUUGGAAAAAGGUGCCUUCCUUACGUCACAUCAAACACUGUCCAACAUGUUUUCAUCAAACUUGAUCAGGUGUCAUAUUUCUGAUUCUGAUUGAUCAAUUGUGUGUGUGAAAUCAUGAGAUUUCGCUAUCUAGUCUUCUGGUAGCAAUAAAGACAAUGAGAGUCCCACGGCAAUACUAGAGAAAAAAAGAACGGUGACAAACUCAGAGCAAGGUAAAUCCUUAUUUUCCCUCUUUCCUUUUUUUUUUUUUUUAAAGAAAAAUACUUCAAGACAUGACAUGAAAAAGAGACGUACUUUUAUGAAAUUACAAGUUUUACACCCAAUGGACAUCUUUUAGGAGGGUUUUUUUUUCUCUUGUGGUCAGUUUGACCUGUGAUCUACCUCAUGGUUCUGCUGGAGUCUGCUGGUGUUGUGCUGGGGUUUGCAGGUAAAGCCCCCUUUUUCACCAGAGUGGACAAAGCAGAAAAAAAAAGCCACGCUCAGGAGCUGGCUAAAUAGGACUUCUUCUUCCGUUUGUCUCCCACACGCACCGUUUCUCUUCCUGAUCUGCAAAGAAACAUUGUGCUUUGCUUCAUCUUUAUUUGUCAUUGCCUCUGUUUCUUUUUCCUCAACAUGAUGAGUGUUGUCUAGUUGUGAGGCUCCAUUUUAGAGAUUCAACUACUACUAGCUUCUCCAAAAAAAAAAAAGAAAAAAAAAAGUUGGUUUACAAUGUGUUUGAAACAAAUGAAUGCAAGCUUCAUGCAUUUACUUGGUGCAUUUUUAUGCCUUUGCCCUUCUAGACAGAACGUAGAUGACUCACCACUUUCCCUUACCUUUCCUCUUUUAUGUUAAAAAAGACUUAAAGUCACUCUCUUGGGUUUACACUGCUACUUUAAAGCGCUCCAAAAAUAACGCUAGGAUUUAUCCAAAAUUUUAGUCAUAAUGGUUCUACAGCAGCGUAAUAGUGUACAUGCCAAAAGAUUUGGAUGAGUGGAGAAAAAAAAGAAAAAAAAAUGCAACAAUCAUGUAUGAAAUACUUUGAAAACAGCAGUGUUUCAUAAGAGUUGAAGUCACAUGACUGACUUUGUGUUUCAAAGGUUGGUUUGUUCAGAAUAAGAUGUGUAAAUUAUAUACAUUCAGGGCCAAAAGUGAAGAAUAAGUGAGUUUUAUUGUUUGCUUUGCUUUUUUCUUUUUUUCUUUUUUUUAUCUUUAAACUGAUUUCUAGUGUAAGGACUCUACACUACUACGAGAAAAAUGGUCAAAGCUGUAUGAUCGUGGUUCUUUUGCCUGAUCAAUAAGUACUGUAGCAGUAAAUGUUCACCGUUGGAAAAUAUAACCAGGCUUUUACGGAGUGUAUUUUCUAAUUCUGAACAUUUGUCGCUGGGGAAAAAAAUGUAAAAAAAAAUAAAAAAAUGAACAAAACAAAACAAAAACAAACAAACAAAAAAAAAUCUUGUACAUGUUAUCCUCAUUGCUUUCCCCUGUCACCUUCAACUGAUUCUCAAUCAAUCUUCUUCUUGCUCUCUCCUUUGAAAACAUUGGAAUAAAAACAAUGCUGAAUAAAAGGCUCUUUUCUCAGA